GACAAGUGAUGAAAGUAUUACCAGGACAAGUGAUGAAAGUAUUACCAGGACAAGUGAUGAAAGUAUUAUCAAGACAAGUGAUGAAAGUAUUACCAGGGCAAGUGAUGAAAGUAUUACCAAGACAAGUGAUGAAAAUAUAGCUAUACAACUAAAAGAAACUUCGGAAAAUCUUGUAAAUGCACAAAGUGAUGAAAUUGUUAUUAAUUCUCAAAACGAUGAAACUGGCAUGUCCGAUUCGGUUAUAUUUCAAGAAAGUAUUAUCGGAACAAGUGAUGAAAAUAUAGCUAUACAAUUAAAAGAAGAAAUUGUUAUUGAUUCUCAAAACGAUGAAACUGGCAUGUCCAAUAAUUCAGUUACAUUUCAAGAAAGUAUUACCGGAACAAAUGAUGAAAUUAUAGCUAUACAACUAAAUGAAACUUCAGGAAAUCUUAUAAAUGCACAAAGUGAUGAAAUUGUUAUUGAUUCUCAAAACGAUAAAUCCGGCAUGUCCAAUUCGGUUACAUUUCAAGAAAGUAUUAUCAAAACAAGUGAUGAAAGUAUUAUCAAAACAAGUGAUGAAAGUAUUAUCAAAACAAGCGAUGAAAGUAUUAUCAAAACAAGUGAUGAAAAUAUAGCUAUACAACUAAAGGAACCUUCAGGAAAUUUUAUAAAUGCACAAAGUAAUGAAAUUGUCAUUGACUCUCAAAUCGAUGAAAUUGAUAUUGAUUCUCAAUUUGAUGAAAUUGAUACCGAUUCUCAAAAUGAUGAAAUUGAUACUGAUUCUCAAAACGAUGAAAUUGGUGUAGAUUCUCAAAAUGAUGAUUCUGAUAUAGAUUCUCUAAACGAUGAAUCUGAUCUAGAUUCCCAAAACGAUGGUGAUGAUUCUUAUGUAAGUUUACAUACUGAUAAAAAUACUCAAAACGAUCAAUUUAAUCAGGAAUCAUCUUCAAAAACCUUUAUUCCAAAUUUGAACUUUAAACGUUUCUUCACCAAGAAAAAAAGAAAAGAUAAAUCAAGUUAUUUUGAAAAAAAUGACGAUGAUGAUAACAAUUUUGCGGGUACUUCUAAUAAUUUUAUAGACGAUACGUUAACUGAGCUACCUCGCAAUGCAAUUCCAACUAAACAAAAUAGUCAGAACUUUCAAACAAUUCCACCUGAUCUCAUUACUGAAAAUGCUGUGACUACUCGUUUUCACAUAAUGAUGCCGAAAAAAGGUUUAAAGAAAAAAUCUAUGGUUUUUGUUAUUGGUAAUAUUAGAGAAUUAGGUGAUGAAAGAUAUGGAAUUGUAAGCCUCAAAAAACACUUGAAAAAUCCUAUACAUUGGUAUUCUGAUCCAAUAAGUAUACCACUUAGGAGUCUUGAGGGCAGGUCUUUCUUCUAUCGUUAUUUUAUUUAUAAUGGCACUAAAGGUGGUUUAACAAAAAAAUUAUUUGGACAAUUAUCUACCAAAGCUUCAUCAAACGAAAAUACAAUUCCUGAUCUUCAAUAUGAUAAAAAAAAUUGGGAUCAUGAUUACAAAAGGCGUGAAUUCUCUUUCAGGGAAAAUCAUUUUGAUGUAUGGUGCAAUUCUGAUAAUAGUGAAUAUCAUUUAAGAUUCAAAGAUAUAGAAAA